CGGGAGCCAAUCGCCCCGGAGGAAAGCGUGUCGCUUCUGCUCGGGCGACGGAGGCACGCCCCAGCCAGCGGUCGGGGCCAGAGUCCGGGGAGCCUAGUGCUAAGUCCCAGGGCGAAAGAGGCUCCGGGGCGCGCGCCGCCGGUGUUGCGCGCUCGAGGCGCCCUGGCCGGGGGGAUGCCCCUGUGCGGGCUCGGCGACUAGCCCGACCGCUUGGUGCAUGGCCCAGCUAUGGAGGUGGUGGACGAGACCGAGGCUCUGCAGCGCUUCUUCGAAGGUCAUGAUAUUAAUGGAGCUCUUGAAGCAUCAAACAUUGACACCAGCAUCCUGGAAGAAUACAUCGGUAAAGAAGACUCACAAGAUAUUUCUGAUUUAGAUUCCAUCUCUGAAAUUCCAGCCUCAGCCGGUUAUCCUCAUACUCAGCCUGCCACUGUAAAUGCAUCUGUCUCCAGUAUUGGUCAUGUAAUUACUCCUGCACCCAGUGGUAACUUCCAUCAUGGUCCCCCAAGCACCCAAGUCCCAGUCCGUCAUGGUCUCCAUCCUGGCCCUUCAAGCAGUCAAGUUCCAAUACGGCACGGUCCCCCCUUGCCAAAUCCAUGUGGGUCCAGUUACAGUGCUCAUCUCAACUGCAAUAACAACAAUGGCAUGGUAGUACCCAAAGGGUUUCUCAGUGGCCACUGCCUGUCUAACAUUCCCCCUCCAAUCAAAUCAGAAGCCUCCUACACAUCUGGCACUUUACCCGACUCUCCCCCAGACUCUGGAUCCGAAGCUUACUCCCCUCAGCAGGUGAAUGAUCCUCACCUUCUUCGAACUAUGACUCCUGAGAAUAUGUGUCAAGUUACUCCCCCUUCACGGUUAGAGCAUCCCCCACCCCCUCCGCCUCCUCCACCCCCACCCCACCUUCAGGGACUGCCACCACCUCCUCAUCCACACCAGCAGCACAGCCAUCACUAUCCCAGCAUGCAACGGGACAUGUACUCGAAGGCUGAGCCUCUGAUGCCACAGUUCACUAUAGGACAAGGCAUGUCACCUGGUGACCUCCAUCAUGCUCAGCAGUCGCAGAUGCUUCAUCAGCUACUUCAACAACAUGGAGCAGAACUUCCAGUGCACCCUGCCAAGAAGAGGAAACACUCGGAGUCACCAUCAAACACUCUCAAUGCCCAGAUGUUCAAUGGAAUGAUAAAACAGGAACCAGGCACAGGAUCUGUGCCCCUUAACCCUGACAGAGUUCAGACACCUCCCUGGCAUCAGCAGGGGGCACUCUCCCCAGGACUGAUUCAGGAUAAUGACAGCUUGAACAGCUCUUCCUAUUUGGAUCCCAACUACCAAUCUAUAAAAUGGCAGCCACAUCAGCAGAACAAGUGGUCCACUCUGUAUGAUGCCAACUAUAAAGAGCUACCUAUGCCCACAUACCGAGUGGAUGCAGAUAAAGGCUUCAAUUUCUCUGUGGGAGACGAUGCUUUCGUGUGCCAGAAAAAAAACCACUUCCAAGUCACCGUGUACAUUGGUAUGAUUGGAGACCCCAAAUAUGUCAAGACUCCUGAGGGUCUGAAGCCACUUGAAUGCUUCUAUCUGAAACUGCAUGGGGUGAAGGGUCAAUUUGCCUCCAGAGCAAGUCACAAAGGUCACAGUGGGGCGGCUGCACUUCAGUGAGACCACGGCCAAUAACAUGAGGAAGAAGGGGAAGCCUAAUCCUGAUCAAAGGGCUUCUAAUCCAGGUCAAUUUGAGAGUGACAGUGAUGUACUUUGGCAACGCUCUCAGCUACCUGACACUGUCUUUCACCAUGGCCGAGUUGGCAUCAACACAGACCGACCUGAUGAAGCCUUGGUUGUCCAUGGCAAUGUAAAAGUUAUGGGUUCCCUUAUGCAUCCGUCAGACAUCCGAGUAAAAGAUGAUAUCCAAGAGGUAGACACCACAGAACAACUGAAGAGAAUCUCCCGUAUGCGGCUGGUGCACUAUAAUUAUAAGCCAGAGUUUGCUGCUACUGCUGGCUUGGAGAAUACAACUGAGACAGGUGUUAUUGCUCAAGAGGUGAAGGAAAUUCUUCCAGAAGCAGUAAAAGAUUCUGGGGAAAUAGUCUUUACCAGUGGGAAAAGUAUUGAGAAUUUCCUUGUGGUAAAUAAGGAGCGGAUUUUCAUGGAAAAUGUUGGGGCUGUGAAGGAGCUCUGCAAACUGACUGACAACCUGGAAAACCGGAUCGAUGAACUAGAGAGGUGGAGUCAUAAACUGGCCAAGCUCAAAAGGUUGGACAGCAUGAAGUCAACUGGAAGUUCUGGAGCAUUCAGCCAAGCUGGGAGUCAGUUCAGCCGUGCAGAAAGCAUACCGCAUAAAAAGAGGCCCCCAAAAGUGGCAGGCAAGGCUCCCACACAAGGUGUCAAAGACCAAGCUUGCAUCAGCCAACGUUUUCUGCAAGGUACCAUUAUUGCUUUGGUGAUCAUCAUGGCAUUCAGUGUGGUGUCCAUGUCUACACUCUAUGUGCUAAGCUACCGCAGUGAGGAAGACCUUGUGGAUAUUGAAGGCUCUUUUGCUGUGCCUACUUCUUGCCUUCUGGCUCUUUUUCAGCACAGAGGUCCUGGCGUCCCAGUUGCUCUCUGUCCAUGGUCCAGUCAGAACAUAGAUAAAAAUAAGGUGACAUUUUCCACUACUGCAUCAUCAAAUACCCCCAACAAUGCUUCCCCUUCAGAGAAUGCCACAACCCAUGUACCUGACUUGUCCCCUGCCUUGCCUGCCUAUAACAUAGUAGUUUGUUUCAACCCACCUUGUUUUUCUACCUGUUGUUCUUCUGUUCUCAACAACAUAUCUACCCCUGGACCUUCUGGGACCACUACAGUUGCCACCAACCGGAUAGACCAAAGCUUCUUGUCACUCCUACCAGUGACAAACAUCAAAGCCAAAUCGAGGGGGAUCACCGGCAAGACAGCUUCCCACACAAAAUGGCCAAAGACUGCUGACCGAUCACGGGGCUUUGGGGGUCCCAAUGCCAGUCCCUCUUCCCUCUUCACCAAUAUCCAGGGCAAGUCCAAAUAUGUUGCCAACCUUCCCCUCACAUACAACAGCUUUCCUUCCGAUCGGACAUCACGGCAGCGACGGAGCAUCAGCCAACCAAAUGCUAAAGAGCUUGGCAUCGCAAGAACCAAGCAUAAUGAAACAGCUCCUGUGCUCCAGUCUGUGUCACUAUUGGAGGCGAAUGUGGUCAUCUUACCCCAGGCCUGUGCUACAGGGGACGACUGCAGGACUGGAAAUAUCACUUAUCGCAUUCCCAUCAGCAAAUUUACAUCAGUGAACACAAAUCUUACUUUGGAAAUGAAUGCUUCCUCAGCUGUAUCUGGCUAUCUUUGUAAUCUCACAUCCAAUAGCCCAUGUCUGCACACUGAAAAUGACCUAGACAGCUUGUCUAAUGCAACAGAUAUUCAGGGAGCAACAUACCGCUGGCCUGUGGUCAUGAUGCCAUUCCAGGAAUUUACUUACCAUUUCCGAUUAGCUAGGCCUGGCCAAGCUAACUGCAGUACCCCUGUGGAGCAGAUGGGCUCUCUCUUUAAUGACUACUAUUUCCAGUUUUAUUGGCUCUGUGAAUGAGUCUCGGGAACACCUGCACACUUUUGAUAGAAGCAGAAAAACGAUGGGCUCCAAGACUCACUUGACUGAAUACUCUCUUCAAAGAACACUACGCCCUGACUAGUUGCUUCUAAUCGAUAAUCCCUUCCUUUGGGUCCGAGUUACUUUGGUUUCCUUCCUAGCAGAUGGAUGUUAAUCUUAGAAUGUCAUAUAUUGGGAAGGAAUAGUGCCACAAGCAAAACAAGGAAAUACAGAGGCAUUUUGUUUUCUUGAUUUGCUGUAGGAUGCUAGAAUUCCUCUGGCCUCUCUGAGUACACUGGAUUUUAUAAUUGUAGGCUUGACCAUGCUUGUGUUCAGUCUAUUUGGACAUCUCAGAACUGAAAGAUAUGGCUUGACUGGAAACAAAUCUUGGUGCCCAGAAAGUCAAUGAAGCAGCUUUUUAAUGCAUAUUUCUUACCAAUGAUGUUAGAAGUCCUAUUCUAAAAUGGAAACACUGGAUCUGUCUGAAAAGGAAUUCUAUCUAGAUGUGUUGCAAGUCGUACACUGGAAUUUUCAACUUUUUAGCUGGCAGUCAGAUGCUUCUCUUUAAAGCUAUGCUUGGCAGAAAUCCUGGUGACACUGGAAUUCAGGGCUGAUAGUUGUUUUCAAUAGCAAUAACCAAUGGAAAAGCUAUGGGGUUUACCUCUCACUUCUUCCUUCUUUUAUCUUACUAUAAAUUUGUAUUUGGCAGACAACAAACCUCAAGGACCCUGCAAAAGCCACUCUGAGGCAGGUCACAUUUGCACCCAAAGUGCCUUCUUUUCAGGACUGGAUGAAGAUGCUUCUCAAGAAGAUAGCUCUCUUCUUCAAAUAUACUUGAGAAAAUAGCCCCUGGGCUCUGCAACUGGACUUCACAAUGCUGGUAUCGAAAAAGCAUUGACUGAAACCUUUUAAAUCCCACUAUCUGUCACUGCCAAAAAUACAUUCAUCCCAAAGAGAAUAUGGAAAAACUUAUAAGUAUUAACCCUUGUGCCAGAAACCAGGAAAAGGCGGCCACCAGAAGCAACGUACGCAAAAAAUAUCUACACUGAUAUUUUUUUUAAUUCCCUAAGGGGUCACAGGGACUCUCUAUGAGGUAACAAACAAAAUACCUUUCUUCAUUCUAGGCUUUGAAUAGUCUUCAUGUUUCAGGUAAUUUACUGUUACAAGAUUUUAAUUUGCUAAACCACUUGUGGUGGGGUUUUCACCAAAAAAAGAAAAGAAGCAGCAGCCAACAUUCAAGUCAAUUAUUGAUUGCCUUGUCUCUCAUAGGAAACCAAAGUGAAAUCCACACUGACUGCCAACCUGAGCCAAGAUUUUGAAUUAGGUGCUGAGAUAAGUCAGAUGUAUAAGCACAAUGUCAAGGUAUCAGCCUUUUGCGCUCAAUUCAAAGACAAAUGAGUUAGGUUGGUUCAGGCACUGGCCAUUUCUUUCUAAAAUAGUUAAAAGAUGAUUUAUGUAGGGGCAACAACAGUUGCAUCGAGAACAAGGAGGUAAUCUAAUGGGGAAAGUAAGAAACUGCUGGUUCAGCUCUCUCAACCAGAAUGAAAUUACUGUAUAAAGAAUAUAUGAAAAGAAGCCUUCCUGCCUCUGACAUAUUCCAGCCAUCCAGCACUACAAGCUUUUAAAUUGGAUUACUGUAGUUAAAAAUGACUAAAGUAGACCUUGGCUAUUGGUAUUUUUUAAGCAUUGGUGUGUUUGCGAAAACAUACAAUAGAGUUGCCUGCAUUCUUUGGUGGAACUGCCACAUUAUUAAUUUAUCUAUUACCAGGUAGGCAUACUUUUUAGGUUAUUACCAGUGAUGCAUAUUUGACACUGCAUUGUAAAUGCUAAAAAUCGCACUUCUCAAGAGAAAAACGAUAGCUAAAAAUAGUUUUAUGAGAACACUUCUAAUAAAUGUAUUAAUAUGUAUGCUAACCUAGCAGUUCGAAAGCAUGCAAAUUUGAAUAAAUAGGUACCAUUUUAGUGGGAAGGUAACAGCAAUCUGUGUCUCUCAGUCAUGCUGGCCCCAUGACCACGGAAAUGCUGGCCCCCUCAGCUACCGUAGGAAACAGAGAUGAGCACCACCCCCUAGAGUCGGACACAACUGGACAGGAGAAACUUUUACCUUUACCUUUAACCUGUUUUCACAAAAUAAUGUACUGGUCUAAUUGUUCUUCAGGAUGCUUUAAAGCAAAUGGUACUUAUGGAUGCAAUAUAAAAUUAAUUCAUUGUUAACGAUUGACAUCUUUCUUUGGGAUGCUGUAUGUGUUGCGUGACCAAAAAUAGCUCCUAAAGAAAAACAGCAGUUAGGUAUUACUAUUCAUUGGGGGCAGCGAUAAUACACUUGAUGAUAUAGGGAGAAGACAAAAAAGUUUUAGUUAGGUCCACUCAGAGAAAAUAGACAUGUAAAGACUGGCAUGGCUGUCAUUACUAGUACUUGCCACCAGCUGGCAAUGUUGCACAAGAAAGAAUUAAUGAUCAGUUUUUGUAUACAGAUACAGUAAGAGCUCUAAGGAGCAAACAGUCAUGAAGUAGGAAAUCUUUAAUACAUACAGUAUUUAAUUUGGCACUUAAUUUCAGAUAACUAACAUUAACUCAAACUGGAAUUGUAAUUUAUUGAUGUCAUUACUAUAGGUUUUAAACAUUGAAGAUAAUAUAUAUUUUAGGUAAGGCUCUCUGGCAAAAAAAAAAAAAAUUAAACUGUAGUCCUGUACUCAACGUUCACUGAUGAGUAGCAGAAAGAAAUCAAUUUGAGUUCAGCAAACUUCCAUAAGGAUGUACUGCUAAGCACUGCUUAUUGAAUGAUUGCACUGAUUGGCGUUUCAGUGCAGAAUUGAGCUUCAGUUAUUAUGAAGACAGCUGUUGCCUGUACUUCUCUAGGCCAUCCUUGGUAGCAUUAGCUUCUCUCUUCACCCACUGUUCUGUUUUCCUCUUUCCCUCUACAUUCUUUUUUUCUUCUUCUCUUCCUCCUCCUCAGUGCCUUAGUUUGGAUAUAAUUGUAAUAGAACCAAUGUAAAGGAGAAUAGAGGAAAAUAUUGUACAUUUUAACAUGAUUUUGUUUGGAGUCUUUUUCCUCUAAACACACACUAGUGCUCAUAAUAACAAGAAAAUGAUGAACCCAUGGGCCAGAUAAAAUCUUUCUUUUAUGGUUAUUCUUGGGAUGCUGACCAUUUAAUCAUGUAAGCAUUUAUCAGGGACCAGUAUGAGAUGAAACAAAAUGCUUAAAAAACCAUGGAGGGUUUGUUUUUUGGAACUAUUCUUUUUAAUUCAUGAUUUUGUCCAUCCUUAUUCAUUUGCAUUCAGCCAUUGCUAAAAUUUAAUUCUUGUUUAUCAUUGAUGAGUACAAUUGUACUCAUUUAGAUCUGCUUCAAAGCAGAUUUUAUCUUUCUAGAACCAGCCAUGCAAGUAUCCAACACCCUUCCAGCUUCCUAUUGUCUAAGCAAUGAAAUGCAAAUCAAGAUACACAUUUACACCCCCUCACAAUCCUGCUUACCACCUGCCUAUUGGCCUGUCAUGACCACGCUUCUGAAGGUAGUAUAAGAACUGCUGUCAUUCUAGAGGCUUGCAUCAAUCCUGGCAUUUUUCCAUGUCAGGGUUAAACUCUUCCAGCUUCCCACAUAGUGGAAUCUUCCAAUGUUAUUCCAGCCAAAUGGAAAGAAGUCCUGCAAUGGUGCCCGUUUAGUUAAAGAAGUGCAAGUAGUAACUCAUAGAAAUGGAAGAAUUCCUUGUUCCUUUUGAUUCCAUCUUAGCUCUAGUAUGGCUCUUCUCAGCAGCAAGGUGCCAAAAUACUCUCUUAUUACAAGUAGUAAGAAAUCUUUAAACCCUUAGUUAAGAGCUAUUCAUUUAAAAACAAUCUGAUGAGGACAUUCACAUUUUCCUGACUAUCCCUUUGCCUACUCCUCAGUACUGAUAUAAAUAGCUAACUCACCACUGUUAUCUAUCCUGAUCAAGGUGAGGCAGCAAAGACAAAA